UUAAUCGAAAGACUGCUUGGUUUGUGUCACAAAGUCGAAAACUACGCUUGCCGUCUGCAACGUAGACAACCGACUCAGCGUGAGAAGCACGUUAUUGUUAUUUUAUUUUAAUCAAAAUUUUUUUUUGGCGGCCGCAUCAUCGUUGAAGGAACAUAUUUUCGGGGUUCCAAAAGUCGCCUCCGUUGUCCUCCCGUCGCCGCAGGAGCCGCGACUCCAUGGGGCUGAAGUUUCUCCCCCCUGGAUGAGUGACGAGCAUGCCGAGCCACACAGUGGCCGUGCUGGCCGCGCUCUGGCUGACUUUCUGUCGGUACGCCGUCUCCGACGACCCGAGGACACACUGCGACAAUGGCAAGUUUCAUGUGGAAAGGGACCUGGCCACGGAUGCUGUCCUCUUUGGCUGCGCUGUUCCUGAUAGGUUCGAUUCCACUCAGAGGCUCCCCAGUGUUGACACAGUGUACGAAGUUGAGCCCGCCAGGCAAGUGUGCAUGAAUGAAGCCAUUUCCUACCGUCACAGGAUCCCCAACAGCGGUGCGUUCAGGCCGGUCGGAGCACAGAGCGGCGAGUAUUUGUACUGCCCUCCUCAACGGUGGCUUUAUAACCUGCACCACGGAGCUGCCAUCUUGCUCUACCAUCCCUGCGCAGCCUCGAGCGAGCGCAUCCUCGCGUCCGCCGUGGCCCGCUCGUGUCUGUGCGACUACGUGGUCACUCCUCACCCGCAUCUUAACGAAUCCACGCCAGUAGCGUUGGUGUCUUGGGGGAGAACGUUGGAGCUUUCCACGGCGGCCUCUUCGGACCUAUGCGAUUGGCUGCAGGGCAAGACGACCUCAAGCGAUCACGCCAUUGGAAAGUACAAUUUCCUGUUGACCCGCGCAGCUGAGCGCCGGGCGGAACGCUGCAAAGAACGAAAGGAAUCAGUGCGGCAGUGCUGUGAGGAGAUCAUCUCGUUGUGGCUGAAAGCAACGAUACAGUCUGAGAAAGAUUCCCCUGUGGAGAAGAGGAAUGGGCAAAAAUUUCCAGGGGAGGGGAGGCAGAGGCAGGAAAGGGCCGCUGUCGCGCCUCCACGGGAAGACGUGAAAGCAAACGCAACAUUCCAGGUGUCCGGUGAAAUGAAAAGUAUUCCAGGGUCUACACACAGGACGCGACUCGUCGAGCUUCCCGAGACUGAUGCGCGGAACGGUUCUCAAGUUAAAAACGCAACAGCGGAGCAGUCUUCUAAAGGCAGCUCCACUGCGCUUGGAGACACGGUGCAAAAUGGAGUCAUAGAUGUGAGAGAGAGAGAGUUGGCGCAGGGAAGUGACUUGCGCUCAUUAAAAGGGAGAGCUGAGUCGGCGCCCUCAAAACAGCCGGUUAGCGACGCGGCCGAAAACUGUGACGGUUGCACGCCGACACGACGCUGCGACUGCGUCAAGGAUGCCGAGGGCCGAGGAAUGCCCCAGGCGCAUGGCACCCCGCCAAGGCCCGCCAGGUCCAACGAGGCGGUGUGGGCCGCGGCGGCGCUGGGCUUCCUGCUGGUUCUCCUCACGCUGUCUGUGCUGCACACGCGGCUGUACCGCCAUUGGAGGACCAUGCCCAGUCUUUACUGGCACGACCCAAAGCAAGACUACGACAGCGUGGCAGACGUUAUCCACAGAAGGCGGCAAAUUGCAAAGUGGCGGCGGAAUAGAGGCCGAAGACAAGAGUGCGCCGUCCUGCUAAGCUCCUCGAGUUCCGAUGAAUACAUGUAGACAAAUGAAGGAAUCAACUUGUACUUUUGAAGAAGUGUCGUACUGUGGUUUGCACAGGCAGAUCGUGGUACAGCCGCAUUACCAAAAGGGACAGCUUGUAAAUUGCACAGUAAAGAAAACUUUUUUUUUUUUUUUUUUUUUAAACAGUCCAAUCACACCAAUUUUGACAGUUUCAAGGUUUUUAUAUUACAUUGGCUUUGAAUACAUUUGUGAAGCAAUUAUGUAUUCAAUAUUUCUUCUACCGCUAGACAUUUUUGCUGAGUCAUACUUUUGUAUUUUUACUUUUCAAAGUGUAAUAUGCGAGUUAUACUGUAGUUCAUCCCUGCUGACCACCAGAGAGCAUUGCGGAAUAUUCCGUUAAUGCAAGCAAAGUUUGUAUAUGCACGCCAAAAAUGUUACGUGACCAUGAUGUCGCCCCAGGAGGAAAGAACUGAUGUCCCAGCAAGUGGCAAUUCUCAAGACUUUGAGCCCCUGGCAGGUGCAGAUCUGCGUUCUUGUUCGGCAAAACGUGUCAUUGAGUUUCAGGUGUUGUCAGUCAGUACACCGUACCCGAGCUGGCGCCCAGGAGGUGCCCGUGGGACUCUAUGGCCAGACUUCCCUUUCGUGCAUGAGGUUUUGUCGACUUCAAACGGUAUUUAGAUCAGACAAUACUGCUUGCAUGUUCUGUUUACCACUGGUGUUCGUUUAUCUGAGCAGCUUUUGUCAUUUUUUAUUUUUUGGGAGUGGGGGCACGGGCUCUAUGGUCUCCAUGCAGCUUUUUACUUACUGGAUCCACGGAUGCCCUUCUUAUCAGGUGCCGAACCAGCCUCUCCCGUAUAUGUUGUUAUAUGACCAGGAGUGUUGGCACAUCUCCAGAUUCUACAAUGUCGUGGUUGUCAGUUCCCCAUUGACUGAACAUCUUUUUGUGUUUUUAGACACUUUUCAGUAAAGGUUCAUAUCUGGGAUGCCUCAUGAUAAGCCAUGCAGUGGUUUUCUGUACUGCCCUCUGGCGGUCAUUUGGGAUUCAUUGAACACGUUACAUUUUGAACUUUUGUUUUCAGUAACACUGCCCGUGUGCAUUAAGUACAGAUAAUGGGAAAUUGUUACACAUGUAACUUGAUUGAAAAGGAGUAUAAAAUUUUGGGAAAAAAAAUUGUCCUGGAACUUCGUGAAAUGUGGAGUAACAUGGGAAGUAUGUAUUUUAAAGGAAAAGCUCAACCAACUAUGAGGAAGUCAAAUGAUGGGAAGUUUUUUUUUUUAACAAUUAUUUUAUGAAUUUCCCCAUUGAGGAUUUGUGAAUGUUAAAUCUGAGAUAAUCUGCAGAAAACCAUUUGAAACAAAUUAAAUGUUUUUUUUUUUUUAGCUUGAAAUGUUUUGAUGACUGACAAUAGUAAUUUGUAUAAAUAGGAGAAAUGCAUACCGCCACAUUCCUACUGGUUGUUUGCAGUAAAAAAUAGACACCAAGUUGAUCAUGUACCCGUUUCCUGUUUUAUAGUGAGGGUUUAUAGUCAUAAAUUCUAUUUGUAGUUAGGUGAGCAGAGAUGGUUGGGCCAUACAGGUAAUCCUGGUAUUGCAAACAAGUUCUGUUCCAAUAGUUUGUGCACCGACAUCACAAAAUCACGUGACUUCCCAUAUUGCUGGUCAAACAAAGCAUUGUUGCAAGUUAACUCUGUUAAAAAGAAACGAAAAUACAUCCUAUAGCAUGACAUCCAGAGUUUUGUCUGAUACCGUAAAACAUUUAGAAGGUGAUAAUAAAUGAAGGUACAUGGAAAAAUGAGAGACCCAUAUUUAAUGCCGAAGUCGACAUAUUCGCCAAUAAGAAAUUGGCCUUUUAAUUGGCUUCCGCUUGUCUUCGACAACUGGAUCGACAUGUAUUUGCUGAGUAAGUCGUCAAGAUUUACACGGAAAAGUUUGAAAGCAUAUAAGUCUGGACGCCUACAAAUAUUUCGGUGCUGGAUCUGUUCUCAGUCAGGAAUAAAUCCCACAUAGUGACAGGAGACGGCUCGUGAACACGGAAGCGUAUACAACUACAUGUUAACCUUUGCCGGAAUCCAAUCUUUUCAGCUAGUAUUCAAUACAAAUGCCAAUAUUUAAAUAAAUGACCCCUGGUUUCACGCAAACUCUCAUUCAUUAACUACGAUUGGAAAAAAAACGGACAGUCAUCUCCACGGAACAUACACGGAAAUGAUUGCAGCUACAUGUUAACCUCUCUGCUGUGACAGACGGUUUAUUUUCUUCUUUAAAAUACGCUUUGUUCUAAAAUGACCCAACUUGGCGUUAUAAAUACUUCUUGAUAAUUCAAGAUUGAGAAGAAUAAUUCCUAUCUGAAUUGAAUCAAUCGCUACACAGGUGUGUGUAUUUUGGUUGGGCACCAUCCAUCAUGUUAAGUUGCCGAAAUCCAUCGAUCUUUUCAGCUGGUCUUCCGUAGAAUGAUCUCUUUGAAUAUCUGUCUCGUCUGUUGUGACAACCAAGAGCACAACAGUUCUCGGGUAAUUUGAAAAAUCUGCUCUGGUUCAACGGCUCCCGCGGUGCAGAGCAGCUCGGUUUGUCUGGCAAUAUGGCGCCGUGCAAACUGUGACGUCACGUGCACGAGCUCUAUAGUGGUAAUGUAAAUGGAGGUUCAUCGCAAGUCGGAUUUUACCAUUAAAGUCAGAAUUUACGUCAAAAUACUUUAUAUACAAAAACAAAUACAUUGAAAUAAAAAAAUAAGAUGCUGUACUUACCAUUACUGCUGAGAGGUGGAUGGAGAAGAAGGGGAGACUGUGCUUAGCUACUGCAAGGGAAUGUAAGCAGCCUCUCCAUCUCGACAAGUAUCAAAGAAAGUUGUUUUGUGAUCACUCAUGUAUCCGACAUCGGAACGGAACCCUUCACGUGCACUAAUAUACGGGAUUUGUCUUGAAUAAUUGUCACCACGGUCAACCGACUGAAGCCUAACUCUUUACCGAUGUUCGUCAGUGUCUCUAUUUUCUCCGAUCUUUUUAUGAUCUUGAGCUUCGUUUCCAUGGUAAUGGAUUUUCUUUUGGCUGCAGAAGCAUUGCUAAAAGACACGGCUUUCUUCUUUGGGGUUUUAAUGUCUAAAAAGGAGGGUGAAAAAUGCGAAGAUACUCCUAACCCUAACAAACACG